AUGCGGUGUUCGAUCAUGUGGCCUCGGGUUACGUAGCGUAUAGUGAAAGUAUACCUCGGUAUAUCAGGCUAUAUAAGUCCAUUUUGAUUUAGAAUUUUAUUCUAAAUAGCAUUCUUGGUAAAUUAGGUUCAAUCCAUUAUCAAAUCUACACUUUGUAUCCACAUAGUUACUCAUCUCUAUGGGAAUCUGACAUUUAUUUACCACUGGGACGCUCUUCUUGAAAUUGGAACAAGAACUUUGGACUUUGGUUUCAUAAGGAAGGAAGAGAAAAAUACCGUAUGACAGUUGUAAAGUCACAGGAUUUAACCAACCGAAUCCUUUACCGUACAGCAGCGACCUGCCAUCCAUCUGUCACUUCUGCUUGGACCAAGAAUUAUUAGUAGGAAUUAUGGCUACUCGUCGUGCUUUGCAUUUUGUGUUCAAGAUCGGCAACAGAAAAGCAACCGCUGAUUUUUAUAGGAAUAUUUUGGGCAUGAAGGUGCUAAGGCAUGAGGAGUUUGAGGAAGGAUGUAAAGCAACUUGCAAUGGGCCCUACGAUGGUAAAUGGAGCAAAACCAUGAUUGGGUAUGGACCAGAAGAUAACCACUUUGUGUGUGAAUUAACCUAUAAUUAUGGAGUGUCCAAUUAUGAACUAGGAAAUGACUUCCUUGGUCUGUACAUUGAAUGUUCGGAGGCCAUCGAAAGGGCUAAGGCCAAUGGAUACCCUGUGAAGGAAGAAGGGGACUACACAGUGUUAGAGGCUCCUGGUGGCUAUAAAUUCUACAUAAUUAAGAAGUCAAUGCCUAAGGAUAGAGAUCCUGUGCAACAAGUGGUUCUAGCAAGUAGCGACUUGGAGCGUUCUGUGAAGUAUUGGAGGGACUUAGCUGGUCUUACGUUGUACAGUGAAGAAACUGGCAAAGCAACUCUUGGUUUUGCCGACAGUCAAGCUAAACUCGUCUUACAAUCCAUUGGAGGACCUGUAAAUCAUGCCAAGGCCUUUGGGCGGAUUGCUUUUGCAGCCCCGGGUGCUGAUCUACCUGGCAUAGAAAAGAAGAUGAAAGAGGCAGACCAGACCAUAAUAACCCCUUACAUUUCUCUAGAUACCCCUGGCAAAGCCACUGUGCAAGUUGUGAUAUUGGGAGACCCUGAUGGCCAUGAAAUUUGCUUUGUGGGCGAUGAAGGAUUCCGGGAACUGUCAAAGGUUGAUCCCAAGGGAGAAAGCCUCUUAGAUGAAGCUAUGGAAAAGGACAAAUCUGAUGAGUGGUUUGCUAAGAAGGGUGGAAAGGCAUCUGCUUGAUGUGAACCAUCAGCAGAAAGAAAUAUUGAACAGAUGUUAAAUACUCAUAAACCGAAUGUACUUCAAAGCAAAUUAGAGAUUAAUUAUUGGCAGAACUUUCAUUUUUGGAUGUCAUUUUUAAUAAGAUAGCUAAGGUUUCUAUUAAAGUAUUAAGCAAGACAAAAUGAUAUUCUUUUUCAAGCUAUUAUUCAGUUAUAUGAUACUGUGAUACUGAAAGUGUCCUUAUGUUGAAUCAGUUUCUUUUUUCAAUACAGUAAUACCUUGGGUUACGAAUUUAAUCCGUUCCAGAACCUGCUUCGUAACCUAAAAAAUUCGUAACCUAAAUGGAUUUUCCCAUAAGAAUGUUAUAAAAAGCAAAUAAUGCGUUCCACCCGACCAUGAAUAACCAUUUCAAUUCAUAUUUUUCCAUUUAUUUUUGUUCACUAAGGUUGAAAAUUCGUGUAGGAAUUACAUAAAAUUAUAAAAUUGAAGAAUGAAAUUAAAUAUAAACACUAGAUUUAAUAUGCAUGCACAGUAAAACCUGGACUUUACCUUUGGCGAGUGUGGCUGCUGGCUUGACGGAGACGGGAGGAGGGGAAGGGUGAGGAGGAGAGGGUUAGGGCUUGGGGGGGAAAUCUCCCUCCGUGAACACUUCUGGAAGACUUUCUGGUUCUUUCUCUAGAGAGCACCGUUCACUACGAUCACUAAUUUUACGCUUACGCAACACUAUGUUGUCUUUCACAAUUUUGAAAAAAUAUUUUUCUAUGAGCAAAUUUUCUACAUCGUCGAGAAUAUAAGGCCGUUGUUUCGUCAAUACUGUGACACCUUUUGAUGCUUUACUGGCUUUAAUUUCUUCCUUUUUCUUCAAAAUAGUGCAGAUCGUUGAUUGCGACCGCUUGAAGAAUGCUGCAAUGUCUUUCACGCACUCGCCUUUAUCAUGCAUUUGGAUAAUUUCCUUCUUCAUUUCGACUGUAAUCAUCUCCUUCUUUCUUAUGCUUUCCUUCUUGCUGCUUGCCUUCGUCAUCUUGGGAGCCAUUGUCUUUAGUAUUUGGGUAAUAGUAAUGUAUAAGCACUAUCACGGAAACACAACACGUGCGCAAAUCACUAAGCAAAUUUGAGAGCGUAUCACGGACAGAUGCGUUCAAUCUUACCGCCAGCGAGAUAUUGAAAGAGUUAUGGUUUAAAAAGGGUCAAGGGAUGCGUAGGAGGAAGUCACGUGACCCUCGUUAAGUUUUGGCCGAAAAAAUGCGUUCGCAGAUCCCACGCUCAUCCGAUGUAAACAAAGCAGGCGUUAAGUUUUGGCCGAAAAAAAUGCGUUCGCAGAUCCCACGCUCAUCCGAUGUAAACAAAUCAAGCGGCCUCCCAUGAUGGAAAUUCGCGCAUUCGUAUUCCAAGCGAAAUUCGUAUUCCAGAAUGAGGGCGUCACUUCGUAAGUUAAAAAAUUCGUAUACUAAUCGGUUCGUAACCCAAAGUAUUACUGUACUACACUAUAAAUUUGAUUUGUAUUUUGAUUUUUGUUAAGCUGUUGUAUACUGUAAGUUCUCACAUUUUAUUGCCCAAGUCAGCAAAAUAGUGUUAUAAAUUGUGUACUUAAUGUUUCAAUAAUUUAUUGACAAAAUUAGUUGUUUGUAGUAUUUAGAAAAUCGCCGGGUAAGAUUUAUUUUUCAGUGGUUCUUUCAUAUGAUACCCAAGUCUUAUGGAAUUAUCAAAACUAUCCAUUGUCACUUUUUUUUUAUUAUUUGCUCAUGUUUAUUUUUGCAAACUUGGUUAGGUAUUAGAUUUUUGCUGUAGGUGUAAGUUUUAUACAAUCCAUUAUUAUAGAGAGAUUUACACUUUCGCAUGGGACACACUGUAUAGUGAGUUUCAUUUCUGUCCAUUUGAUUAUAAAGCCAUUUUGGUGUAUUGGUUGUUAGGGCCCAUGUUGAAUUUAUAGUUUUACUGUUAAGUUCCUAAGAGAUGAAAUGUAGCUUCAUAAUGUUGUCUAUUUUCACAGUGUAACUAUUCAGUAAAUAAAGUAUUCUGUAAGUAU